AAAUAUAAUAAUAGCACUCAUAACCCGCGGUGCGAGUCUGCCUGGUUCACUUCAGAGCCUUCACGCUUGCUCCUAUAUAAGCCCUAACUGUCGCUCACACUUAGUCCCAAAGCUAAUCACAUCAUUUCCUCUAGUCACAUUGUUGGUCAACAUUGAUUAGGGCUUAGCUUAGAGAUCAAUGGAAUCCCACAGAUCUUUUUCCGCAGCUCUCUUCUUAUCUUUUAAUCUCAUGCUUUUCGCAUAUGUUAGUGGCUGUAACACUUGCUUGCCAACUAAGCCAAUCCCAAACCCUAACCCAAUCAGCAAUCCAACAAAGCAUAGCUGCCCAAAAGAUGCCCUAAAACUUGGUGUUUGCGCUAAAAUACUAGAUGGUGCAGUCGGAACUGUAAUCGGAAACCCACCUGACGCCCCUUGCUGCUCAGUACUUCAAGGGCUUGUCGAUCUUGAAGCUGCCGUUUGUCUGUGUACCGCCAUUAAAGCUAACAUUCUCGGGAUUAACAUCGACAUUCCCAUCUCCUUGAGUUUGCUCAUCAACACUUGCGGCAAAAAGCUUCCCUCUGAUUUUAUUUGCGCCUGAUAAAGUUGUAAAAGGAUGGAUCGAUCGAGUAAUUUUAUCUUUGUCAUUUGUGUGUUGUUUGGCUUCUGUUUGUUUGGUUGGUUCGCGCCUAACCGAAUCCGCAUGUAUUUUUCUGAAAAUUUCUUAGUUCCUAGCUAGUUUGGUUGGUGUAAUAUUUUAUCUGUUUGGGUUUACGACUAAAGACCGGUUCUAUUUUGACAAUUUAA